UACUACCUCCCGAUAAAAGGGACUCCAUUUCCCCCCAAUUUCUGUGCCCUAAUUCCUCGAUCAAUUUCACACACUCAAUUCGGAAGCACUGAAGCAGAUGGCGGCGGCAAUCGGAGGCGAGGACAAGGUGCUGGCCACCGCGCAGCGGAUCGUGCAGUCACUCGGCAACACCUCCGACACCGACGAUAUGCUUCUGAUCUUCUCCGCCUUCGACAACCGCCUCUCCACUCUCUCCUCCUUCGUCGAGAAUCCUUCCUCCGCCGCCGGCGACGAGUCCUCCGCCACCCCUUCCCGAUUCGACGAUGCUGAGCGGAUCAUUUUGAGCCACGCCGAUUCGUCCUCGUUUCCCGACAACUACUUGGAUGCGGUCGAUGAGAUCAUACAGUUGACCGAGGAGUUGAACCUGGGCACUUCCGACGCCAGCGAGGAGGUGAUGGAACGUGCUGAGAACGCGCUGCAGCUCGCGAUGACGCGGCUGGAGGACGAGUUCCGCCACGUGCUGAUCCAGAACACCGUCCCCCUUGACACCGAGCGCCUCCACCGCUCAACGCUGUCUUCAUCCGCCGCUGCAAUCGCGAUUGCUGCGACGGAGUUUUUCAAUGGUGAUGCGAGUGAGAGCCUUGAAGAUGUCAGCAGCGGGCGUUAUAGCAAUCAUAGCCAUGGUAGGGGUGUGAGCUUUGGAGGGGACGAUAUGUCCCUUGAAUUGAUUCACCCCGAUGCUUUGACUGAACUGGGAGUGAUUGCUGAUAGGAUGAUCCGAUCUGGGUAUGAGAAGGAAUGCUGUCAGGUCUAUUGUAGUGUUCGGCGUGAUGCUCUAGAGGAUUGUAUGUCUAUUCUUGGAGUAGAGAAAUUGAGCAUCGAGGAGGUUCAGAAGAUUGAUUGGAAAUCGUUGGAUGAUAAGAUGAAGAAAUGGAUUCAGGCAGUGAAAAUAGUUGUUCGAGGUCUUUUAUCGAGUGAAAAGCAUUUAUGCGAGCAGAUUUUUGAUGGGUCUGAUUUGAUUAAGGAAGUCUGUUUUCUAGAGACUGCAAAAGGUUGUGUGAUGCAGCUAUUGAAUUUUGGUGAGGCGGUUGCGAUUGGAAGGAGGUCCGUGGAGAAAUUGUUUAGGUUUCUUGAUAUGUAUGAAGCAUUGGCCCAGGUUCUACCCAAUUUGCAGGCAUUAUUUAUGGAUGAAGAUGCAGGUGAUAUGGUGUGCAAGGAGGCUCAGGGUGUGUUGGAUGGACUAGGAGAAGCUGCUAUUGCGACUUUUGUGGAGUUUGAGAAUGCAGUUCAGGGGGAAGCUUCAAGGAAGCCCAUCCAGAAUGCUGAGAUUCAUCCUCUUGCUCGAUAUGUAAUGAACUAUGCAAAGUUGCUUGGGGAUUAUCGUAAUACUCUGAACUUAUUAUUGAAGAAUUUGGAUGCUGAGACGAGUGAGUCGGAUAGGGGGAAUUCUAAUAAUUCAGAGUUGGAAAGCAUGUCCCCUUUUGCCCGUCGGUUGUCUGCCUUGAUGAUGUCUUUGGAAUCGAAUAUUGAGGAGAAGUCAAAGGUGUAUGAGGAUGUUGCAAUGCAAUACAUAUUCUUGAUGAACAACAUACUUUACAUUGUGCAAAAGGUGAAGGACUCAGAGCUGAGAAAUCUUUUGGGUGAUAAUUGGAUUAGGAAGCGGCGGGGAUUGAUCAGACAGCAUGCCACACAGUACCUCAGAGCAUCAUGGACCAAGGUCUUAUCUUGUUUGAAGGAUGAAGGGAUUGGUGGGGGCUCGAGUAAUGCAUCAAAGGUUGCUUUGAAGGAGAGGUUCAAGAAUUUCAAUGCUUGUUUUGAAGAAAUCUAUAGGGUUCAAACAUCUUGGAAAGUCCCUGAUCCUCAGCUUCGUGAAGAACUCAGGAUAUCCAUUUCGGAAAAAGUGAUUCCAGCUUAUCGCUCAUUCAUGGGAAGGUUUGGGAGUCACCUGGAAAGUGGAAGGCAUGCGGGAAAAUACAUCAAAUAUAAUCCAGAGGAUUUAGAGAAUUAUUUAUUGGAUUUAUUUGAAGGAACGCCCCUUAUCAUCCACCAUAUGAGAAGAAAAAGUACAUAAAACACAGAUCUGUGGUUAUAGUCCCACUCUCAGGUUUGUUCAUGCUGGAUCAUGGGACUGUCCUGGAAUUACUAAUUUGUGUGCUUCUUUCAUGUUAAGAUGUAGAGAUGUCCAGACACUGUUUAGCAACCUGUGUCGUGUAUUUUUCAAAUUCUCUGCUUCAUUUUCUUA